UUAAUCAACAAAAAUAUUAUAAAAUAAUUAUAUAAUUAAUAUGAACCUGGGAGAAGGCAGUAACGGGCAACUGACGGUUCCUCCAGGAUUCCGAUUCCACCCAACGGAUGAAGAACUUCUCUACUAUUACCUAAGAAAGAAGGUCUCUUAUGAGCCCAUUGACCUUGACGUCAUUAGAGAGGUCGAUCUCAAUAAACUCGAGCCUUGGGAUCUCAAAGAGAAAUGUAGAAUAGGAUCAGGGCCACAGAAUGAGUGGUACUUCUUUAGUCACAAGGACAAGAAAUAUCCGACUGGAACAAGGACGAAUCGGGCGACGGCAGCUGGGUUCUGGAAGGCCACUGGAAGGGACAAGGCCAUCCACCUCAGUGAUGCCAAGAGGAUUGGAAUGAGGAAAACCCUAGUUUUCUACACAGGCCGUGCUCCCCAUGGCCAGAAGACUGAUUGGAUCAUGCAUGAGUAUCGCCUCGAGGACAAUGAUACUACUACUACUGCUGAUCAGAUUCAGGAGGAUGGUUGGGUUGUCUGCCGAGUAUUCAAGAAGAAGAAUCACAACAGAAGCUUCCAACCAGAACUUGCUAAUAACAAUAACAAUCAAGAAGAAUUAUCCUAUCAUCCACAAAUGAAGGCAAGUGUUGGUACUUCUGCCCCAUUAGUACUAGAUCAUCACCAUCAACAUCUUCAUCAUCAUCAGCCAAAACAUUUCCAACAACUAUAUGAUAAUUAUACUUUUGAUCAUCACGGCUCCAUGCACCUCCCACAGCUCUUCAGUCCGGAGUCGGCCGUUAAUCCUGCAGCUGCUGCCGCGGCCACCGCUUUCGCCUCACCGGCUUCCGGCGGAAUUUCGUUGAACACCAUUGAUCUUGAGUGUUCUCACAACUUGUUGAGGUUAACCUCCAACGGCUGUGGGGGAAUGCAGGUUCCGGCCGCGCCGGAGCGGUUCAACGGAGGCGAUUGGACGUUUUUGGACAAGCUUCUUGCCAAUUCAAAUCAUCACCAGCAGCAUCAUCUAGCUCUUCAAGCCAAGUGUCACCCUUCUUCAUCGUCUGAUCAUCAUCCUCAAGUUGCUCAUGAUCAUGAUCAUGUAGGGAGUACUACAACCCAAAGAUUAUUCCCAUUUCAAUACCUUGGCUGCGACAGUGACAUAUUGAAAUUUUCUAAGUAGAUCGUCAUUACAUUAUAUUUUAUAAUAUAGAUAUAAUGUUAUAUGGCCGGGUUGGAAAUUAAUGAAAAUUAUGUGACAAUCUAUUAAGCUAUAAGAGCGG